AUGUAUUUCUUUUUGUACUUUCAGGUUCAUAAUUUGGGUCUUAAAUUCGGUAUUUAUGAAGAUUUUGGGAUCCACACUUGUGCCGGCUACCCCGGGAGCGAAUUUUACCUGCAAAUGGACGCCAAUACAUUUGCAGAAUGGGGUGUUGACUAUGUGAAGUUUGACGGAUGCAACUCGGACCGUCAUGAUUUCGAUGCCGGGUAUGAAGCCUUUGGUUUAUUUCUGAACAAAACCGGGAGACCCAUGGUUUACUCUUGCGAAUGGCCAUUCUAUCAAAGUGUAGCCGGGAUUAAGCCUAACUACACAGCUAUUCAAAAGACGUGUAAUUUAUGGCGGAACCAUUAUGAUAUUCAAGACACGUGGGAUAGUGUACAGAAUACAAUUAAAUAUUACGGAAUGGAUGAUGGCAACUUCUCCUCAUAUGCAAAACCCGGCGCAUGGAAUGAUCCGGAUAUGAUAGUGGUUGGAAACUUUGGUUUGAGUUAUGAUCAGAGUAAAGUACAGAUGGCGAUGUGGGCAAUAUGGGCGGCACCCAUGAUUAUAUCCGUGGACCUACGAGAUAUAACAGCCGAGUUUAAUUUCCUGAUUCAAAACAAACAUGUUAUAGCAAUUAACCAAGAUCCACUCGGUAUACAAGGGAGAAGACUUUCAUUUGUAAAAGGCACAGUAAUUGAGGUCUGGGCCAAACCUUUGUCUAACCCAAUGGGAUCCUUUGCCCUCGCCUUUGUCCAGCUACCCAAUACGGGUAAUCCAACUCUGAUUAAAGUUCGAUCUGGUGACGUAGGCCUGACGUCAUCAAACGGAUAUACGCUAUCUGAUGGAUUCACAGGAGACAAGCUAGCGACAACAAAGGAUCCAGACAGCAUUCUAGAAUUGCUUGUAAACCCCAACGGCGUCGUCCUGUUGGUUGCAAGACCAGUUUAGUCAACAUAUUUUAUCAUCCAGAAUAACCUUACUCCACUGAGGUCGAAAAGCCUAAAUACAUGUUAUCUGAAUUUCUUACAUAGUUCAGCUGAGACAUUAAAACAUUAAGAUAUAGGCUACAAAAGAUAAAAAGAAUAUAUACAAUGAAAUAAAUUGAAAAUCGUGUUUUUGUGCUAUUCUUAGCUCGAGCUCGAUUAUAAUGAAAAGCUUUUCAUUUGUGUGUUAUUUUUCACAAUGAUGAUAUUUAAUUAUUCUCUUGGCGAAUGCACACAAGUAAUUGGUCUAGAAAACUUUCUCGGAAAAUUAUUUUCAGUCCCGUAAUGUAAGAAAACUUCAGUGGAGUCCCUUACUUAAUUUUUACCCCAACUCCGCUAAAUGUUAUUGGCUGUCUUUCUUUGAAUUGGAAUUUGUACAAGUUAGGGUUUCAAUAUCAAAAUAAUCAAGUGCUAAAACCGCAAUAUAGAAACUGGUUUUGUUGGUAUAUACAUUUUGGCAGUGUGCCCUGCGGUAAUAUUUGUAAAUCUGGUUACUAGGUUUCAAACAAAGAUUUUUAAAGGAACUCGAUCUAUAAUAUUGAAAUACAAUUGACAGUUCUUGUUAUAAAAGUGCAAUAUAUUAAAUGCUAUGUAUAUUUCAGAAUUUAUGUGGUUUAAUCAUUGAGUUUGUUUAUCAUCUUGUAUUUAUAACUGAUACGAAUUUUGAUGUAAUGUUGUGUUGGAUUAUCGAAUGUUGUUUAUAUGACUGGGAAUAGAUGUUGAAAAUCAGGUAGCCUAAGUGAUCCACAUAAAUAGCAUAAUACCUUUUCACUAUGCCAAUCACAUUCUGCAUUAAAAACAUCGUAUUAUAUUUAAUCAUAUCUUAAAAUCAAUGCAUUGUUAAAUUUUGUUCUCAUGUCCAACAUGUAUUAGUAUGUUUUUAGCAUGUAAUGUACACGAUUUUUGCUGGCACAGUCUACUGUAUUUCUAUAAUUUUCAUGAAUAUCUAUCUAAACAUGUGUAAAUUUCAGGCUGAAAUAUAGAUUUAUAUCAAAUAUA